AUGGAACUUGUAAUUCAACGUCUUUUAACAACAUUUCAAUCAUAUCAACAACAAUCAAUUGCUGGAAUUGAUAAAAAUCAAUAUAAUUAUCAUUUAGAAGAAUUUUCUGAAUUAAUUAAAUCUAUUUAUGAAAUAUUAAAUAUACCAUUAACAGCUGAUACAUUAACGAUAUUUAUUGAAUAUCUUGAUUUAUGUUCAAAUCGACUUGAACCUAUGAAUAUAAUACGUUAUCGACGAACACAUUUAAUGCUUGCUUUACAUUGUUUAUGUUGA